GGAUACAUAAGUCUCUUUUUCGAUUCUAUAUGGCGCUCAUGAAACCGAUGAUACCAAUUCGUUGGAGAAAUGGCGACGCUUCCUCCUAUCGCGAACUUAUGCGAAAGGUGCUGCGUUCUUGAGUUUGACGAUUCUACCUGGCCGGGAGCGUAUCAAGCUGGCUCCGGUUCUAAAGGAACUCACCUUAGAAUUUCAAAGAAACAUCGGAACUACCGGUUCAAACUUGAUUAUUUUCUACUUGAUUCAGCGCCUGAGUUCCCGUGGCUCUCUGAUACAGCCGAUAAAGGAUGCGAUUUCUGCGUGAUACUGAAAAAGGUCGUGGGGAGGUACGUUCGUGAUUGCUUCGAUGAGCUGACAGUAUCCCUUUUUUAUGAGUGGUAUCGGGGUGACGACUCGAUGGAACUCGAUGGCGGAUCCUUCGGUCUUAAGUCGUUGGUAGCUGAACUUCUGUGGAUUGGGUUGGAUGAGAAAGGUGAUCACUUAAGUUCGUCGAUGUGGCUCCAAUUUGAUAUUGAUUCUCCCUCUGGCCCUUGCGCCCGAUGGUUGAGGCUUGUAAAACCCCCGUACGAAGACGCCCUAUGCUCGGAAAAUCUUGAUAUGAUACUUCAUUGCCUGAAUCAGAGCGGGCACUCCGAAAUCAGAACAUUGCCAAUCCCACAGACGAAGGCGGAAGUGUCCCCGAGAACAUUGUUGGGAGAAGUGUCUCCAAUUAAAAUGACCAGGUAUCCAACCCGCCUAAUCGACAUAGGAGGCGGAGGAGGCGUAUCAUGCCGACUUAUCGAGACGGGUUCCAAUACUAAAUUUAAGGAUUCUAUCUUGGUUCCAUACACUACUCUAAGCUAUUGUUGGGGACCUGAAGAGGAUAGCCUUUUGCAAUUUAAGACGGAACGAAAGUCCUUGCAACAACGGUUGAGUGGGUUCGAAAUUCAUGAAGUUUCGCCAAUCGUUCGUGAUGCCAUCCGCGUCACACAGGCCCUAGGUAUACGAUACCUCUGGGUAGAUGCGCUCUGUAUUAUCCAGGACGACAGACAAGAUUGGGCUAGAGAGUCAACACGCAUGUCCCAUGUGUACCGGAAUGCGACAGUGACGAUUUGUACACCGGCUUCGACAUCUUGCCAGCAAGGAUUCCUCGCUAGAAAUUGGAUCGCUACGAGGUUGAGAUUUCAGUCGCAGAUUAACAAGGCAGUAGUUGGAUCCUACACGAUCAGAUUUAUUGGCGACGUGAUCCACCCCUUCCGUGCGGCCGUCGACUGCUUGACUUUCUCCCUUUCGUAUAGCCAGUGGAACUUACGUGCCUGGGUCCUUCAAGAAUACGAAAGUUCGCAGAGGGUGCUCGUUUUUGGUAGAGCGAGAGUGCAUGUCAUAACCGAAAGCGGUGCGCAAUCGGAAUCAAGCAAAAGGGUAGAACCAUCGAUCACCGCUUGUGGAACCAAGUACAUUAAAAAUGACGAACGCGAUGCCGAGACGGCGUACCUGAAUUGGCUAAAUAUAGUAGAAGAGUACUCUCUUCGGAAGCUAACCGACCCUUUAGAUAGACUCCCGGCGAUUUCUGGGCUUGCAACUACGUUGCAUCCCGUAAGAUACCUAGCGGGACACAUGAUCCCCUAUAUUGACCUAUUUUGGACUACACUCAUUUCAUUCGAUACUUUACAUUUGACGAGGGAAAUGCUAUUGGACUCACUACAGUCUCGAUACGCGUACGUCGCACCGUCUUGGAGUUGGGCAAGCCGCGGUCAACCGAUCGAAUUCGGCGAGAGACGAUUUAAAGUACUUUCGGGGCCGGACCCCGCGCCCGUUGAGCAAGAAUGCGAAUUGGAAGGAUGGACGUCGUUGACGAGUGAUUCGCCGUUUGGUCGCGUAUCGAAUGGUUGUAUUACUAUUCGCGGUGUGAUUGUUCCCUUUCAAUUUCAGAUGCGAUCGUUCGUGAGGGUAGGCUCGCACGAUAUACCAUGGCGGGCAUCCGAAGACGGCGAAUAUGUCGCCGAUAUAAGCCUUGACUGGAACGAGUCUGGAGGAAGCGAGUCUUUUAAGGAGUUAUCGUUGGUCUUGAUCGGAAGCCGCCAGGUGGAGGACGAUCUCUCCUGGGAUCCUGUCCAGAUCGUAUACGAACAUGAGAUCAAAGAUGAUGGGCCAAAUUUGAAUUUACGAGAUCCUACCAUGGAUAUGUGGGUCAUUGGAGGAAUCCCCGAUGCCUCCCAUCUCGGAUCGUCGAAGGGGAAGUUUGGAUAUGAUAAUGGACGGUUGGUAUACGGAAUGUCUUCAACAAAGUCAGCAAAAACCAAACGGCACCACGACCAACCGCUGGAUAACGCGACGGGAGGAAAAGGCAACGAAAUGGGGGGAAAGAUUAGGGAAGCCUUAUACAGUGAAACCGAAGCUCAUACGAAGUUAUUAAGUCUGAACUCGAACGAUAGACAAGCUUCGGAAUCAGGAUUGAGCAAAUCCGAUGAUAGAUACGCCUAUGGUCUUGUCAUCCAUCCCGCGUCAGAACCAGGGAAAUACCUCCGGGUUGGGGUAUUCCACUCCGUGCCACGGGAACGUGGUGGGUUGCAAUACUUUCGGAAGUAUCCGACGCGGACGGUGGAGAUCAUAUAGCCUCGUAGGUAUGGGUUUAGUCUUCAUAACCGCCCAAACUUGGGAAUGAAUUUCUCAAAAGGGCCGAGAAGCCUCAGUGUUCAGAUUUAUUUGACUGGCAUGGGGCCGAAUGGUUGAUUGUACUUAUAAGUAUGACCUACUGAUGAAGAACUUACAUGUAUGAAGAGAUAAUAAAACGUGUUGUGUUAGGAUAUAUCCCACGCCAGGUUUUAUUUGAGACUGUGAGCGAGACGUAGCGGGCUGUGUCGAUGUUGCCUCACCUAUUUUUCCGAGAAAAAAGGUCGCCAAAUUCGAUCGCUACGAAUUAAUCGUGCUAAUGAAAUUAGGUACCUAGGUAGUUAGGUAAUUAAACCAAUUGUGCUUAGUUCUGAAGCACGUAGAUCCGUACGUGUGAAUGGCGUAGAAGGGUGGUGUUGAAAAAGGAAAGAAGUG